UUUGUAGUUCCACAAGGAUAUCUUCACAAGGCAUAUUCCUGUGGCCGACAAGGGCCGUUCAUAUAUUGAAACCCAGGUACAACCUUACUUAGUUUGCUGUAAAAAGGACAACUUAUUUUCUGAUCUGUGCAUGCAUGCUCAGCGCUGUUACAAGUCUAGGACCUAGUAUUAACUCUUACCUUUGAUAGAAAUUCUCGAUAUUUAUUUCUGCUUGGAAACUCUAUAAAACACAUCAUAGGUGGAUUUUCAGAUUUUGCUCGGGGGGUUGCCGAAGGGGGGGAGUUGAGUGAUGCGGUGCCCCGCCGAAAAAGCUGCAGAGGUCUGGGGCGCAGUUGCUAAUGAGGAGCCGAAGCUCCCAGGAAAUUUGGAGAUUGUUGGUCGUAUUUAGUUGAAAAUCCUUGUUUUUAGUCACCCCCUUCCUAUGGUUGCAUAAUGGCUAUGAUCUUUCGUUGUGAAAACUGAAAGUCACAUAAACAAGUAAUCGGCUACGCUUAUUGUCUGCUAUGCACUGAUUUCCACAAAUAGAUGUUGGUCUGAUGAGGGACUCGAACCCCUUUUACUUUUACAACCGAACGCCAUUACCAUUUGGCCACCAAGGUUUAAAGUGUACUUGACAAAAAAGCAUAUUUAUAACGGGUAAAUUAAAAUUUUGCAUCCUCAAAUUGCCAAAAACCUGCCCAGUCUUGUUAUAUGACGUCAUGCACACAUAAUGCUCCACACCCUCACUCCCUCUUACCCUGUGGCGGCUUGCGCCCCAUCACUUUUUGCUCAUGAUGAUGCGGCCGGUUAAAUUUGUCCCUCAAUUUUUCCCGAAAUUCCUCCUCUAUUCUGUUAUAAUCUCUAUGACCCAGUUACAGUACCUCAUUAAUUUCGUAAUGGUCGAUAGCACGUCUAGCGAUAAUGUAUUGAUUCUUUAUUUAGGUGUUGGUGAAUUUGAUAAGUAGAAAAGUAUUUAAUCAUGAUCUGCAUGAAACACACAACAUGCACGAUGGUGUUUAUAAUGUGAAAGUGUUGGAAAAAUCGCUUAAUGUGCUCUUGAAGAGACAUAUUACGUAUGUAUUGGUUUGAGUAUAUUGGAGUAUAUUUGAGUAUACUCAGUAUCAGGGGUCGAAACAUAUUUUACUUUCUGGGACCGCAAGAGGUUCAUUGAAAAAUUUUCUGCAAAUAAUCAAAUAAAUCGACACUUGUGUGUGACACUAACAAGUUGUCAGAUUGAAUGUUAUGUAAGUUAUAUAUUUUAACAGAAAAAUGAUCGGAAUAUAACAUAAAACUAAUUUAGAUAACAUGCAUCUAGGGCUCUGAUCCAUCGAAAUUAAUGUACUGUAGGUCUGAUCCUAAGGUAAAUACAGAUGCCAAAAAGCGUACCACCAGGGGAAUCCAUGCUCUGCCAGAAAAAUUUGGAAAUCAAGUGUCCUAGAUUGGCUAAAAAUGCAUUUGCCAUACAACAUUUGAUACAUCAUUCUACCGUAGAAGUCUAUACAUUUAUACACUAAUUGCACUAUUAAGAUAGAUGCACUUAUAAUUGCAUUUUCCAGGGCAUACCCAUAAGCUACAAGCAGAGGUGUAACUUAACACUUGCUCGCUUGCCCGGGGCAAGUGAAUAUCAUGACGGGCAAGUAAACGUUUUAUCUUGCUUGCCUGAUUGGGCAAGUUGCCUUGCCACAAUAAGCUAGGCAUCUUUAAGUUUAUGUUUUGAGUGUUGGAUAAAUUUUUUAUAGUACAUGUACUUGAUUCAAAUUUUGUUUUUUGUGGGCCAAAGCUAGAUCUGAGGCAUUAUAACAUAGCCAUAUAGAGCAGUGGAAGAACCCUUAAUUUAUACCCCCUACCUAGGUACCCCAGUGGUCAUUGUCCUUAGGGCAAGUGGUCAAAAAAGUUAUACCACUGCUACAAGUACACUAUCCUUUCUAUUGGUUAGAAUCUUUAUCUUACAAUUAUCCUAUUUUCUUUCUUCUGGAAAUAUUUUCUGGGAACUCAGAAAAUUUUCUGGGACCAAUGAUCCCCUGGUCCGAUACUUUUUCCACCCCUGUUCAGUACUGUAUAUUGGAACUUCAGCAUGAUACUACUGUACUGCCUAUGAGAACGAUUUUACGAGUAUGAAGUACAGUGGAUGUCGCCUCUAAUGUAUAUGCUGGCUUUCAGGGCGCGAAAUAACGGCUGGAGGGUCGCCGGUCAAGGUGAUCGGCCAACUCAAUUUUAGCUCGGACAUACCGAAUUUCUGGCCGGUCAAAUUAUUCAGCUUAAAGCAUAGCCUUGUAAAGUAUACCCCUAAAAAUGUGACUAUUUUCCCAGUAUAGCAUUACAAAAAGCCUUACUGUAAUCAGUAAUUAAAAACUCCUUCACAUAAGAUAGCUUGCACUGCGCUAAAAGCAUGGCCUUAACUCUUAAACCAAAAGCAUGGCCAUGGGCUUUGUGACGUACUGUGUGGGAAAGCUGGCGUACAUUGAAGUUCUUUUCCCGCCAAACAUUCGACAACAUGUUAUGGUUCUUAAUUAUACUACUUGACAACUUUAUUUUGAUUAUUAAUUCAAAUGAAGAUUAGUUUGUUCUUUCACCGAAAGUGACCGGUCAAAAUGACCGGCAAGGUAAGAAUUUGACCGGACAACUCCGCAUUCUGGUCGGACAUUGUCCGUUGACCGGCCGUUAUUUUGCGCCCUGGCUUUGGGUAUUUAUCGCCAGUUUUCCAACCUACGUUUUUCGACACCACAACUGAUUAGAUACAGUAGCUUAAGAUCUACGACGUCGACGUCAGCUAGGGCGUCAGGGCUGUGAAGAGGCCUGCUCCCGGGCUGUAUAGCCGUUUCACCACUAUGCAGUAUAAGCGCCCUGGUAAACCAUCUUCAAAAGUGAGACAUGCAUGCAAGAAGACCCAAAUUGAAGGCACUACGCUGUAAAAUUUUUGUUUUUCGAAAAACCAUUUUUCUCCAUGGCACACCCCUGAUUGGAUUGUGACAUAACUGUUGCCUAAAAUAAUUAUAGUAAGUUGUGGAAAUACUAUUUUCUGGACGCAGAAAUCAGUAUGUUUUUGACAUGCAAAUAAUAAUAUGCAUGCCUCUACUGACUUCGUGACUCGAAAGUUUCCACGUUUCCCACCUCUACUGACUUCGGGACGCGACAAUUUCGUGGUAACUGCAUUUGUAGGUUAAGGAUUGUUCAAUGUUCACCGUACUGUUAGUACAGAAGCAUUAUGCUUGACAUUUGUUUUAUAUUUAGCUUCUCUGAACUGAAAACUAUCCGAAUUGCAUUUGAGGUUUACGAAUGUCAAGAUUUAUCCGGUAUGGAAGUCUGUCCUCAUAUUAUCUUACGAGCUUUAAAGGUAAAUCCAUACAUUUAAAUGUUUCACUACUUUUUCGACCUGUAGCCACUGUUUUAACUCGAGCCGCCGUUCGCCGCUACACAGAAUAUCUUUAACCUCCAGGCGAACAGCAGACAGAAAAUAUUUGAAGAGGCAAUUGUUUUGGCAUAUGCAAAACUUUGGAUCAAUGAGAAUAUAACAUUCCUAAAAUCCUAAAUGCAUGAUUUCAUAUCCGACCAAGACGAUGGAUUCGAUGGACCGGUUGUUCGAAAGCUGGUUAACUUACAGUAAUCCUGCAAUCUUGGACAUAACUGUUUGAGACUAUCCCCCCCCCCCCCUAUACAAAAUUCUUAUACCCUUAUGAUAAAUUCCAUGUUGAAUAAUGUCGCGUUUCUUCAGUCCCCGCUCCCCCAACUCAAUGUUGAGCUUUUGUCAUAAUGAUAAAUUACCAAAAGUUGUUUCGGCGUUGUUUACAACAUUGAACUGGAGGGGUGACAAGAUUUGUUUUGUCAGUGUUCAUUAACUUUGCAAUAUUUUCUGGAACGGUCUCAAGGGUCCAAGAUUGCAGGUUAGCGUUAAUCUUUCCAGCUAAUUUCUCAACAGCUUGUUUAUUAAAACUUGUCUUGAUCAAUAAAAGUUUUAUUCCCAUUUUAAAAACAAAACAGCGGGUUAAAUUUUAACCCUGGGUUAGCACUAAUCGUGCUUUGAACAACCGGCCCACGACGGACGAUUUUUAAUUUAUUUGGACGAUUUUAAAAUAAAUUCUAUCCACACCCAAAAUUUCCAAAUCAUAGUUAAUUACAAAAUUUUUUGGAAUGACCAACCUUUUAAACAUCGGCUAGUGUAUCCAUAUAGUCAUGCAUUCACUUCAUUUUUCGUUUAAGGUUAUACAACAACGUUAUAUCCAAAUAUUAUUUGAAUAUGUUAUGAACCAGUAUUAUCCAUGAUUAUAAAAAUAUCAAUUUAUACCCUUUAGAUGUGUGGUCGUGUUAUUUCACCUAGAAAACUUAUGGAUUGCGUACGUAUUUUAUUAUCGUGUUUUCCACUUGUAGACUACUGUGAACAUUACUUGUAAAAUAGCUAGACGCUCAAACGAAACGUAUAAUUGGCUAAUUUGUGAUCACGUGUAUUUAGAUAAAGGCAAUGUACCCCCCCCCCCCCCCCGGGCAACAAGUGAAAAUUGUUGCUUGCUCCGACCGGCUAUACGUACAUAAAUGCUGAAAAUGGAGCCAACUUUUUAGAAAGAACUUUUUGCCAGUUUAUGAAAGAAUACAAUAGGCAACUAGAAAUGUUGCUGAAAUACGUUUUAGCAAGUUAUUUUAUUUUUAUAUAAGAAUCAUUUACAUUAAGAAGUUUUAUUCAUGAGAUAGAAUUGUUUUGUGACUGUUGUUUAUUUUUUCUUAUUCCCUAUAUAAGAGAACAUUUUUAAGUGUUAGACAUUAAAAUGUUUGUUCACUCGGUAAAAAGUUUGUUUUGUUUUCCCUCGAUUCUCCAUGUUAACCUCCACUCCGUCUCGAGAGUGAUUGAAACUCUCGGGAAAACAACACUAACUAUUUCCUUCGGGGACUGCAGACAUUAAGUGCACUUGGAACUUAUCUUACCAAAAAUCUCAAUAAAAUACCGUUGUUCACCUCUGGAUAAACAACAUGCAUGCAGCUGUGGGUUGACCAUUCGUCCCCAGAGCCGUUUUCACUCGGUUACUCUUUGAAAAUUAGGCUCUGGGUUAGACGACUAAAGGGAUAGAUCUGAUUGGCUUCUCAGAGAACUGCUAUUUCCCAAACGUUGAGCAGUUUUCAGAAUUAUUCUAUCAAUUGAAAAUAUGUCAACACAAAUACUUCGUUUCUUCGUAAUACUUCUCUGUGAAAAUUGUUACGGGAGCUGAAGCGUCCCAAAUCAAGAGUAUGCGCUUUAGAAGCCACUGCAAGUUUUCUUGCCUAUGAAGAUCGUGCGCGGCCGAGAGCCCUGGGAACGAGGAUAUAGGCUGACGCUCUGUUUUUUUGUAGUCGCUGUUAGGUACCAGUCCCUUUAAUAUCGAUACCGUUCGAUCACAUCUUUUCAUUUCAAUAUACGCUCGCACACCUAGGUGUAGUAUCUGGAUAGAUAUAUCAUUUCUUCUUUUUCCAGAUAAAACAUAUGCCUCGUGAUGUUCCAGAUCGCUUGACGCUUUACGAAUUUAUCGAACUCGUACCAAUGUAAGUGUAUAAUUCUCUGGAACAUAUACUUAAUAUUCGCACCUGUAAUGGAAAAACGGUUUUUGUUGGCUGUUAUAACACGAUAGUCUACAGUGUAUAACAGAACGUUGACAAAUUGCCGGACAAUUCUAUACAAUUUCAAUCGUUAAAAUAUUUUCUUCCAUUUAAUGUAUUUUAUUUAUUUUAUUUUACAAGUUUGCCAUUGCAAUGUAUGUAUUCCGCCAAAGCUCCGGAAAUCUUUAUCGCCUGCUUCUUUCUUUGAAACAUUUGUCUUCAUACAAAUCUGCAUUUUUCAUUGCAUUUAAUGGAAAAGUACAAUAAACAUUAGGGGUGCACCGCAACCAAUUUUUAAAGUUCCGACCGGAACCGGAUCGGGCCGAAACUGGAAAAAAGUUCCGGCCGGAACCGAUUCAUUAAGCGAUAUAUGGUCACAUGUUACUUUGUCUGCUGCCAGACAGUCAGACACUUUCAGUCAUCAAGGAAAGAGCACGCAAAUGUUAGAAUAAAAAGAUUGACUAACGUUAAACGUCAUAAUGAAGUGUUAAUAGUGUACAUUUUUCUUGUGUAGUCCAAAUUUCUUCCUAUGCUAUUCAAUAAAUAAACUUGAUAAAUCGGGGUUCCGGCCGGAACUAACCGGCCGAAACCGAGUUGCGGUGCAGCCCUAGCAAACAUAUAUAAAAGUGAUUUAUAUAAUCCAAAAACCAAAAAUAGGAAACAAAUACAGUAAGAUGAAGGAAUAAUUUUUGAUAUUUUAGCAUGUUUGAUUCAUCUCUUUCCAACAAGAACUUCAUCAAAAACUGGACAAACAAAUUACGAUAUUUAUAAUGUCGUCAAUGAUUAUCCAGCUCUAAAUCCGCGUAAUUUGUCAUCGCAGUCGCUAACUUAAAAUGAUUCUGAAAGCCCCAGGAUUUAGAAUGAUUUUGAUUUUACUAACUUAGAAUGAUUCUGAAAGCCCCAAGAGCAACGUGGGACAAUUUGCCCGUAGCAAAAUUGUAUUAAUAAUUAUCUAUGUAAAUUAUUAUAGGUGUGAAAGAAUCUGCGAUGUGAACGUUAAACUUCAAAAACAAGCUGAUGUUAAACGACGUAGACGCUCGAAUGUAUCUGAAGUAAGUUAUCAUUAAGAAUUUGCCGGUGUUUUUAUGGUACUCUCCGAUUGUAAUUGACUUGCAAAGACUCGUAUUGGCCCCAAGGUCUUCAUGCAUGCAUGCUUAGAGUUCCCAUGACAAUUGCCAUGAAAUUUCAGAAGCGAUGCACUGGGGGCUUAUUAGAGGGGGGAAGGGAAAUAACGUAAAGAGGCAGCUAGGGGGAGGGAGUUAAAUAGAUUUUCACAUUCUUUAUACUUAGGUUGGUCUGGUAGUGAUGGCGGUCGUUACACGGGCAAAUAUCUCGAAAUCAUAAAGAAAAGCUGAAACACAUGAUUUUGACCAAUUUGGAAAUUUCGACAAGAAAAACAAGUCACAUAUUAAUUUGACGUUUAAAUUAUGGCCUUUGCAUGAUUAAACAAGCGUAAUUCUUUAUAAAACGUUGGUGUUUGUAUUUCGCUGAAAGUCUAUAUUGAGACUGAUUUAAUUAAUUGAAAAUUAUGGCUGUGUAAAGGGUGUGGUUUUUUCCGUAUUUCUGGACUAGGGAGGGUAUUAUUAGAAGUGGCGUGAGCGAGCAGUUUGCCAGUUUAUAAUAGGAACUUAGUUUCCUUCUGCUACUAUCCUCCCUAUAGUCUUUAUGUUAGUAAUUGUUCGAAUCUAUUAUUCGUAUACAGUUGUUUAUUGUGUAUAUUGGGAAAUAUUUAUUAAGUCAUUAAAUCAAAUAAGGGGAAUAUGGUCAACUAAUUUAUGUAUACUUCGUGUAGCUGGCAGAUUUUCAAGAAAUCUUACUGCAAGAAGAGAAAAAGCAAACUGACUUUCUAGAUGACGAUUACGAGGUAUAUACAGUGUAUGAAAUAUAGUUUUUUUAUUAGGUGAAUUAUGUUGGCAAUGAUUCAGCUAUGACGAUUACGAAUUUGAGCCAAAUUUCCAAACAGUUGUUACUUCUCUAAAAUUUAAGUGUACUUAAAACGAUAUUUUUAGAAUUGAAAAUUGCUCACCUAAUUAGUGUUCGUUUAUAUGGUGACCAUGAAUUUUUAAUAUGGAUGCCGAUUCGCUUUCGAAUAAAUUCACUUUGGUCCAUAAGGUGAAUCUGGCCUUCGGAAACAAGGUCCGUUGACCUCAAACAUUUUAUAAUUUCACCGAAGUCCGUUGCUGCUUUAUGCUACUACUUCAGUGUACGCGGCUCUAUAAUUGCUAUGUUGAUGUUAAACUCUUGAUUGUUGGGGGUAAUGUUAUUACGAGAGUUUUUAGAAGGCUCAAAAGGUUAACAUUAUUUUCUGGGGAGGGGAGCUUUAAUUAGAAUAGAAGCACUUAUAAAUGACGCUAUAGUCUCUUACGCAGGCAAAAAUGGCAGAGUUACUGUACUUGUGGAGUUAGAAGUACGGGGAUUUAUUUCCUCACUGCACUAUCAUCCCUGAUGAUCCAUUGUUACCCCCACCUUUUUCUGUUAAUUGUUGCGUAAUUAUGCCUUUCUUGCCACCUGAGUUGCUAGCGGAGGAGGCUAAAAAGACGCCAUGUUUUGGAAAACGAUUGUUGCAUGACAACUGCAAAGCUGUUGCUCUAAAUAUGGGUUACUGAUCAAUGGAAAAUAUUCCUCAUUACUUGCAUGCAUGUACAUGGUGGUGGAAACACUACUUUUUAAUCAGUUGUCUUUCUUAUAUAGCAAAGCUUUUUUCGACCUUCCUUUGAGGAUAAACCAACAUGGAGGGUACCGCCUGAGGAUGUUAUAAACAACGAGGAAUGGAUGAAACAUGUAAGGACUCUUUUUUAG